UACUGGACUAAAGCUGUAACUUUUGCAGUUAUGUGAUAGAAAAUCCCACCCACUGAAAAAAAAGUGGUACCUCUAAAUAUAUGUGCCAUAGGAGACAGGUUAAGAGUAUGAAAAGAAUAGCAUCAAUCCCCUUUCUUAAAAUACUAAGAGUACACUCAGUUCUGUAUAGUUCCUGAAUGUAUGACUCUCACUGGAUAAGCACUGCAUGAAGAAAAUGCCAUCACAGUUUAAACGUCAGAAAUGGCAUUUUCAUGUAAAAUUGCAACUUCUCAGUUGAAUCUUUGUAGGAAUUGUAUGUAGGAAUAAGCUCUAAUCCUUUUAAGGGGAAAAUAGGCCAAAUCCUUUCAUGGGAACAGGGAGAAAAUAACUGUUCAGCUUUUGAAACUGCAAUAUGCAUAAGAUUUUCCCAUAACUUUCAACUCAGUCAAACAAAUUUCUGUUUUAUUCAAACCAGGAAGCAAUAGUUAAAGAACUGUUUUAAUAAAGUGGCUUUUCAUGAAUAUGUUAGCGAUACUUUCCUGGUUUUUAUGAUGAUAUGAACUUAACUUUUUUAUAGUACUUAAAGGCAAAUUAGCCAGGAUGAGACCAUAUAAUUUGUGUAAGCAGUAAGGUCUUAUCAACACACUGCAUACCUUGAGAUUUAAAAGAAUUUAAGAUACUAGAAUGGGAUGUAGUACUUCAGACUAAUGGUAGACUACCCUUUUACAAAUCCCCUGUGUAAAAUACGCUGCAAAUAUGAAACAGGGUAGGGAGAAGCACAAUGAAGAGAGAUUCUAAUAUCUCCCUACUUUUUUAGUACUUUUCUUGCAAGGUAUAUUUCACUAAGGGGAACGUUUAAAAACUGAAUUACCAUCUGCAGUCUGAAGCUGCACACUCCUUAGAGCUCUUAACAUGAUUGAUAGAGGAAGUUUCUCUUCCAAGCAAUAAGGAGCACCAUGAUGGAAGACUUUCAUCUUUAAAACUGAACUUGGUAUCCAGCUUUGCACUGUCUAUGUUUAAUGAAGACAUGCUACAGUUAUUUCCUAUUUUGGAAAAAAAAAAUAUAUAUACACACACACACACACACAUACAUACAUACAUACAUACAUACAUACAUACAUACAUACAUACUUGGUACACAGAUGACUUACUCUCUGGGAAAAAAUACUGUGGGGGUAAGACACCCCUCGGGCUGUGUGUCUGUGUGUGUGUGUUCCAGCAUAACUCUGGAAUACCUGGGCCGCUGAAAUGAAAAGGAAUGAUAUCUGUAGUGUCAAAUCACAAUACUUUUGACAAUGUUAGUGUGCAUUUUGGAUUCAAGUUCUGUUAAGAUACAGCCUGUUGUGCCUUAAAAUGGCUUCUACUGUACAGCACAGUGGAGUUGCCAUGGUAACGACUUCACAGUACUCCACAAGUGGGCCCCCUCUGGUAAGAGGGAUAGGUUCUUAAAAAAAAACCUUAAAACAAAAACAAACAAACAAAAAACAAGGAGGCUCCCUCUGGUAAGGGAGAUUGGUUCUUUUUUAAAAAAACCCACCCUAGGCCCUCAGUUUCAAGCAAAGAGGGCAAGUUGUCAGGGGAGGUGCCUGCUAAUGCAUAUAAUCACCUCAAAGGCUGAUUCCUUCUAGAAUUUUCCCAGGCAGUUGGCCAGGGCAAUUAGGUCUCUAAUUCUCACCACAGUAGUUGAGGCAGCUUUCUUCUACAACUGGUAACAGGGCUAGGCCCAAAUGUCUUUUUCUUACAUUUACUUUAUUGUAUUCCAUAAUAAUAGAUUUCAUUGCUGUAACGAUGCCUCCAAGGAAACGUCAGGCGAUUGGCCAAGUGCAAUCAAAGGCUAGAAAAAUGAAACAACAGCGUAGACAAGAAACUCCCGAAGAGAGGAAUAUUAGACUUGCGUUGAUACGCAAGAGAGCUGCCACAUCUAGAGCUUCAGAGACAGUACAGCAGCGUGAGGCCCGACUACAGGUUAUGAAAGAGAGAGCUGCUACAUCUAGAGCUUCAGAGACAGUACAACAGCGUGAGGCCCGACUACAGGAAAUGAGAGAUAGAGCCAGACGAUCACGGACUGCGCAACAUUUUAGCUUAGCAUUGGAAGGAUUCCGUUAUGAUCCACAUAAAGACUACUCGCAGCAUGCAAGUGUUACCAUCGGAAAAAUGGAAAUGGGACGUACAACUAAAGCCUUGAAGUUUGCUAAUCCAGGACGGCAUACUGGAUUUCCUCCGGAAGCAGCAAACAAAAGAGAAAAAAGAAAGCUACAAACAAAAAACACAUCCGUUAAUUCAGACAGGCAAUUAAUAGCAGCAAAGAGCAAGGUAUAUGACGGCCAAGGCUUUUUGCUUUACAGCGGGAUAGACCUGUGUGACUGCCUUGAUGAAGACUGCCUUGGGUGUUUCUAUGCCUGCUCCAAGUGCGGCUCCCGCAAGUGUGGACCUGAAUGCCGUUGUGAUCGCAAGUGGCUAUAUGAGCAAAUUGAGAUAGAAGGGGGGGAAAUUAUUCGUAAUAAGCAUGUGAUAUAGCCUGUGCUCUGCAUCUCAUUACUGAGCCACAGGAAGGUUGUUCAUAAAAUUUAAUCGGUUCAUAUUUCCAGUUAAGAUUCAGUGUUGUGCAAACAAGCAAUGGGUAAAGGGAAGUUCUAUAUUUAUGUCAUCUGUUCAGAAGAAAAAUUAGAAAGUUGUCUACUUGUGAAUUUAUUAACAGACAAGCUAAUAAGAGUGGUAUUGGCUGAUACUCAUUGUGUGCUUCAUGCAGUACAUUUUUUUCUCUAGAUCAUUAUUGCUGCCCUUUAUAGGAAAUCUUUGAAUAUUUCCUUGUUCUGGACCAUGGUUUCUCCUGCAGACACAUUUAAGUACCAGCAGCAUAAGCAGUAUUAGUUGUGGGAAAUGGGUGAUUUGAGAAGGUUGUUGCAUGAUAAACAGAAAACACAGAGGUCAGGCUGAGAUUUUCAAGAAGAUGGCAUACUUUUCUGAAGCAGUAAUGUGAAAGUGAUUGACCUUUUUUGCAAACAAGAGUUGCCGUGUGAAGAAGGAAUUAUAUUAUGCCUUCAACAGUAUUUUGCUGCUGGUGGAAAGGAAGUCACCAAAGUUACAGCCUCAGGCAGUAUUUCUGUUAUGAAUAUCUUGCUUGGAGACUUUAUAACUGAAUCCAUAGAUUGAUGGAGAAUGUGCGGCUGGAAAGUGACACCCUGUCACCUUACCUUUAAUAAAUACACAAAAUGUAUUUGAUGGAAUUAUACAAGCAUAAGUAUGAUGAGACAUUUAUGGUUUUUGUACAGUAAUAGUUAAUAGGCAAUGCUUGUAAUCUACUCAGAUAAUUAGCCCAUGUGCCCCAGGUAAAAUGCAUGUAUACUUAGUCUGAUGCAUAUAGUGCGUGUUAUAGAAAUGUGAGGUUCAGGAUUUAUCAGAAAAGAUAUUGUUUGUACUAGAGAUAUUUUUAAAGGCAUGUCAAAUAUCUUUAUAUCUUGUUUUUAAAAGCUGAAAUUUUUGUGUUAUUAAUAUGCAGAUAUUAAUAAAGAAUUGAUUUUCAUCAAAA